UUCGCCAUCCCCAGUCGCGGUCACACUGUCCAACCAACCAAAACUCAACUCGGUUUGUUUUCUGCUGCCGUUAAGCUGCAAAAAGUGAAAAGCAUUCGAAAAGCCAGGCAGCAUGCGAAGCACCGAAUACUCCACGCAUUUUUAUCUCACGGGAAAGGCUCAACGAAGAAGUGCGUGAAAAUCGCGAGUGCAGGUGUGAAAAUAGAGUAAAAGAGCCCGUGCAAUUGAAGAGAAACACUGCUGCAGUGCUGUGUGUGCGUGUGCGUGAGUGUGUGCUUGUGUGAGUGUCGCUCUCUGGACGCAAUUUCCUUGGCCCAAAGGGAAGGUGAGGGAGAGGCAGCGAGGAGUGGGGCAGGAGAACCCAAUCCCGAGUCCCCCCAAAACGAAUCCGAAUCCGGAGCAUCAGAAAUAGCGCAACGAGAUGGUGAAGGCGAUGCUAACGACGAAGGCGCUGCGUACGAAGAAGAUGAUGUAAAAGCCACAUCGCCAUAUCCCCUUUCUCUUCUCUCCAAACGAAAGCGAAAUCCCAGCUGGGAAACUCCGGCUCCAAGUAAAACCGAACCAGAAACCGAAAAAGCCCACGACUGGCGUUUUGAGUUUCGUUGGACUGUUGGAUUGCCGCACUGAAACCGAAACUGCAUUCUUUCGACUCAUAUUCAUACCAUACGACACAUAUCGCGCACGGAAUCGAACAUGAGAUUGUCGCCGUGCUUAUCGGUGGUCAGUGGGAACCUGCCCGCGCUGCUCCUCCUCCUGGUGGCCAGCGUCGCCCUGGUUCUCGCCGAGCGGGACUUCAAUGUCAACGACUCCCAGGUGCCUGUUAUAGAGCCAAAGGAUGUGCCCGCCUACAAGCAGGAUCCGUAUGUUACGGAGCUGAUGAGCUGCCAAAAUACUCCGAGCGAGAUAGUGCUUUCGCUUCUUCUGAAAAAACACGACUGGAGUGAGUUGACUGCCACAAAACGAGCUCAUGUCCAAGCCAAGCUGGCCAAGUUCUUUGCCAUACCCAAGGAAUUCAUAUCCCUGGACUCGGUGUCCAAGCGUGAGUUGAAGUCCAUGCACAAGUUGGCCAUGCGUAAAGGAGGCAAGGGCAACAAGAAUAUCGAGACCCUCAACCGAAGACUAGGACGCGCCAGUUUCAUGAUCGGCUGUGGUCCCAGCUACUUUGUGAUGGGUGAGCCGAUAGCCAAGCAGAUUGCCCACCAGAUGAAGGAUGGCACUAUUGGUGCUUUGACCGAGGAGAACUUUGGCCUGUGGUUCAUUUGGCGAAAGGAAUUGAAAUCAAGAUCGAACCGCAAGCGACGUCAGUCCGAGGGCUCUGGUGCUGAUGAGGAUGACUACGACUAUGGAGAUGAUGACGACGAAGUAUCUAGUGAGCCUCCUACGGAAGUGCCGCCAGUGGCCACACAUGCUCAUCGACAUCAUCACGGAGCGUCGGAGGUGUCCAUGCUGGAGAAGAUAGUAUCGCCCGAUGCACCCGUCUCCGUUUCAUCGGAGGCUCCCCUGAUACCCAAUGUGGAGGAGGAGAUCGAGGAGAGUGUCUCCAAGUUGGAGUCGGUGAUCAGCAAGACCAUUGAGAACACCAAGAACAUCAAGGAGCUGACGGUACUGGGCGAUCCCGAGGAGGAUGAGGAGGAAGUGGAGCUGCAGCAGCUGGGAGUUCCCAUGGCCGUGGAGAUUCUGCCGGAGGAAGGCACUACGAGAGCCACGGAAAUGGUAAAUCCCGCUUACUUGGAGGAAAAUGGAAAUCAGGUGGACGCCAGGCCACAAGCUGCCUCAGAACUGGACUCCCUGGCCACGCCUACGCCCACGCCCUCUGUGUCCGCCCCCGAAACACAGAAGCCAUUCUCACCCUACGAUGCCAUUUCCUCGGUGUCUUCGUCGUCGUCGUCGUCCGUAGCUUCUGCUGGAGAAGCUGGAGUAGAUGCCUCUUCGGUGCCGCCCCCUCAUCCGCCCCUGCCCACUGACCUGCCCACAGAGCAAGACAGCACCUCCGCCUCCGUCUCAUCAUCAUCCCCACCCCCAUCCUCAUCCCACUCACCGUCAUCACCCCCAUCACUAGCCACUCAACCAACUACAUCAUCAUCAACAACAGCAACAAUCUCAACUACAACAGCUACAUCAACAGCAACAACUACAUCAACAACAACAACACUCUCUGAAUCGCCAAAGCCAAAUACUGUGCUUAAUGAGCUCGAGCUGAGCACCCUGCUGCCCUUCGACGAUUUUGAGGGCACAGCAGCAGCAGCAGCAGAAACACCAAAUGCAACUGCCACAGCAGCAACCGCAACAGCAACAACUGCAACUGCCACUGCCACUGCAACAACAGCAGGCGAAAGCGAAUUUCAUAUAGAGUCCACAACGCACCGCACUAAUAGCUCUAAGGAAGGAGAAGCAGAACCUGACGCCAUCAGCAGCAGCAGCAACAAUAGCCUGGCCAAUAAUGAGCAGUCUACGCCCGCCACGCCCUCGUCCUCGCUGGCCUCGACCACGGCCUCCACUCCGGAGUCCAGCAGCAGCAGCACCUUCGUCUCACCCGACUACGUGGAGCCGCAGCCCGAGGAGAACAGCCCGCCCAUUAUCAAGACUCGUCUGCAGAAACUGGCUGUCACUUCGGGCAAGGCGUUCACCUUCCAUGUUCUACCAGAUACCUUCUUCGAUGCCGAGGAUCAGGGCAAUCUCCGCCUGGCUCUGACCGACAAGGAUGGCCACGAGCUGAAGGCCAACUCCUGGCUGCAGUUCAACGCCGACAAGCGGGAGCUCUAUGGCCUACCCCUGGAUGACACUGUGUCCCGCUGGCAGUACCGCCUGUCGGCCACGGAUUCCGGCAAUGCCAGCGUCACGGAAACGGUGGAGAUCAGCGUGCAGCAGCAUCGGGCGGUGAGAACCAUCAACCAUGAGGUCAGCAUUGUGGUGCGCAUCAACGAGAAGCCGGGCCACAACAUCGACUGGCAGCUGAAACUCAUAAAUGCAGUGGCUAGAACUCUGGAUGACUCCAGCAACUCGGCGGUGGUGGUACGUGAAAUCCGACAGACGCCCCAUGAUCCUCACAGUGCCACCUUCGUAUACUUCAAUGAGACACUGCCCACCGCCGAGUGCCCCGAAAAGGAAUUGCACGAUAUUGUCCAGCGUUUGGAUGCACAGAGACUGAGUGAUUUGGUGCAGCCGCAGUUGGGCAUUAAAUCCAUAACCGGCCAGCUGAUCGGAUCCUGCCAGAAGGAUCUGACCCAGGUGAAGCCCACACAGCACAUGGCCAAGAAUGUGCCGCCCAUGCCGCGCAACCAGGUGGAUCGUGUGAACGCCAGCCUGGGCCAACUGCUGGUCUACAAAGUGCCAGCGGAUACCUUCUACGAUGCCAAUGAUAACCAGCUGACCCUGACUUUGAAGACCAGGGAUCACAUGGAACUGAGCCCACGCCACUGGCUGCAGUUCGACUCCAAGAACGAGGAGUUCUAUGGCAUCCCCAAAAGCGGCGACAUUGGUUCCGAGGAGUAUCUCCUCGUGGCCGAGGACAGUGGCGGUUUGAGUGCCCACGAUGCCCUGGUCGUGGUGGUCAGUCCCGCUCCCAAGCGUGAGUUCGGGUUCUUCUUCAAGGCCUAUCUAUCCAUCAGGCACGAGCGAUUCAAUGCCGAGCUGCAGCGAAAGUUUGUGGAGCGGGUGGCCAAGCUGAAUGGCGAUGCCACCACCGGACAGAUCCAGAUCCGCUCCAUAACCACGCACCACGACUCCGAUGGCACCAUUGUGAACUUCUACAAUACGACGCUGUACAAGAAGCACAACAGCUGUCGGGAGAAGGAGGUGGCCGCCACCAGGAGUGUCUACCUGAACAGCGACCACAGCUUGAGGGAGGCGGCUAAGCGGGCUUUGGGUCCCGAGCUGAAUCUGACCAACUUUUCAGUGGUGCCUUUCAGUAAUUGCCAUCAUCCCGAGAACAUGGACACCAAUCAGCUGGACUACAUACCCAGCCGCCCCGAGGAGCCUACCCACAAGUCCUCUUUCGGCGAGGAUUACAUGAUUACCUACGUGCUGCCCAUCGCGAUUAUUAUUGUGAUGCUGGUCAUUGCCUCUAUCAUCGCCUGCUGCCUGCACUGGUGUCGCCAUAGAAGCGGCAAAAUGGAGCUAGGCGAUGAAGAGGAGCGCAAGUCCUUCCGUGCCAAGGGUAUUCCAGUCAUCUUCCAGGACGAGUACGAGGAGAAGCCUGAGAUCGGCAACAAGAGCCCCGUCAUUUUGAAGGACGAGAAGCCCCCGCUGCUGCCCCCAUCGUACAAUACCUCAAACAUGAACGGCGACAACGAUGUGGAUGACUAUGUGCCACCGCCGUCAGUGGUCGUUGGCGGCCGGGAGGUGCGCGGCAAGUCCCCUGCCACGCCCUCAUACCGCAAGCCCCCGCCAUAUGUGUCGCCAUAAAUCAGUGUCAAGAGCAGCGGCGAAAUGCAGCAAGGCAGCAGCAAGCCUGCAAUCCAGAAUGGAAGCAACAGCAACAAUAAUAACAAUCGCAUCGUAUUAACCACACAAUCUAUAUAGAUAUAUACAUAUUGAUAUAUAUGUAACCGAUUUUGGCACAAGUUAUAUGCAACUAAGCGAACUCUUUUGUAUAUAUCCAAGUGCAAAUUGGUUUCUUUGGACAUUGUACUCGAAUUGAAGGGUGAAACGGACCCCGACCGAGAAGUAUUCGCCAAGUCGAUGGAGUUUUUUGGAUAACCUUUUGUAUUAGCCGAGAAUGGAGAAAUAAUCACUGAACGAUUUAAGUGCUAACAACUGGCAAACAUACACACACUCAAGCUUAUCGAGAAUCGAGAACCACUAACACAAAACGAUGAACUAUGCUGCAUAUUAUUUAUUUAGUAUGUACUCUAAUUUAUAUGUAAACCACGCGAACACAAACACAUCCACAAGGAGGACACAAAAGGAGUUAAGAAGGCAAAGGUCUUAUGACAUUAUCUGGAUUUUUGAUUAACUGACAGGGCUUUAUUACAGAAGUCAUGGCAACAAAAUAUGAUUUAAUAUUUUAAUUCAUAAUAUGUUGUUAAGACAUGGACCCUUUGUUCUUUAGAUUGUUUUUAAAAUAAAUCCAGUUAGUCAUAAAUCGAGCUAGUGUCAUAAGGCCUCAAGCACUAGAGCUUGCAAAGCACACACAUAUACGAGCCCAUUUUAAGCAUAGCAUUUAAAACUCUUUGUACUAAUUAAGCUGAAAGUGAGACAAAAAGGACGACAUGUCCUUUGUCCGGACUUUUGGGCUGCUAUUUAUACUUUCGGCUUGAUUUGCUCAAGCUGAAUUGUUUGCAUGUUCGAUGUAAUUUCACCAGAAACAGCUGGUAUAUUUCGAUCAAAGGAUUAGGAAACCUCCAAGGCAGGCUUAGUACUUGCAACUGGUUGGUUUCCAAUAUAGUUUAGUUUUUUAGUGGUUUUUCUAUCGGCAACCCAGAGAGAGCGCCGGCUGAAGGACAUGUCCAGGAGCUUUGAUUAUUUAACAUUUUAAGAAGCAAUCAGACCCACAAUAGAGCUGCCAAUAAUCCAGGUGCGACGGCCGGAUCGCAUUAGCCGUAUUACCAAACUAUUCCUAAUUGCCCACAAGUGCUUCCCACAGACAGACAAACCAACAAGAACCACAACAACAGACCAUAUCCACCAAACACUCAAACAAAACAACACAACACACAAAUAUUUAUACGAAAAUUGAUUACUUAAAGUAGGACUUAGUUUUAAAUGAUUUUUACACAUGCUCCCCUUGGAUUAUUCUACCUAUGAAAUGUAUGAAAUUAGUUGUAGCUCUGCUAGUUGGGCAGUACUUACUACGCUACCAACCGUCCCUUCUCCCCGAAUCAAACUAAUACGUAGUGCGUAAACAUUGAUUUUAUAUGGAAGUAUAUACACACCUAUAUAGGAGGUCCAGGCCCUAAGUUAGAGCAAUAAUUGCAUGAUGGGAAAUUGAAUUACUUUACAAAACUCGGACGCGCUGAUUUUGUCGUGUAAAAACGUACACGCAAGUGCUACGUAAUUGCCUAUUAAACUAAGUAUAAUUAACUAAUUUGUCUAUUUGCAUAAGCUCAGCCGCUGCAUUAUUUACAUUUUGUAAUUUGUAAUAGCGCCAACAGCAAUAACAACAACGGUAUCAAUUUAUUUUGAAUAAAAAAAUGCCAAAGAUA